AAUGACUCAGUUUGAGCGGAACUACGAGUGAAGUAUCAUCAUCUUCAUUAGAAACUAUACACAUUGAAGUGAUUAAAUUGCAAGCGGUUUAUUAAAAAGGCAUCAAUGUGUAAAGAGCUACGUGCUUAAGCAAUGGCUAAAACGAAAUGGAAUUUAAUCUUUGCCACAUUUAUUGUAUCAUGUGUUUCAUUGAUUGUGUUAAUAGUCUCACUUUGUACACCGUAUUGGAUAACAUCGGAGGCAUAUGAAAGCAACGCGUCCGGGAAUAGUGAAAUAAACUACGGGCUGUUUUCGGGUUCCUUAACUCAAAACUUUCUGCCCAAUUCGCGGUACUACACUUUAACACUUACCUGUCUUUAUCACGAAUAUGUGUGUGCAUACAGCUGUCAAGAAGAUGAAGAGUCACGAACCGAGGAAGUUUUGCAACUCUUAAAAGGAUUGCCCCCUGCCGAUUGUCCCAGCAGUUCUUCAAGGAUGCUUCCACUUGUCCAUAGGAUCGAUCCACCAAUAUUCCCCCAAAAUCGUCAAGCAUCCGCCAACAUCGAUCGCAGUAACUUUAUCAACACUGGGCUGUGGGUUUCGACGGUGGUGUUUAUCGGAAUUGCUAUAAGUUUUGCAGCUAUUUCGGCCAGUUUUUCCAUCAUUAACGUGCUCUUUAAUCCGAUCGAACCGGUGUUCAGCGUGUUUGGAUUGUACAUCUGGAAUGGGGUGGCCCUUGGGUCCACUGCACUGUGCAUGAUAAUGUGGGGAGCAUUGUUUGCUAGUACUCUAGCCGAUAACAUUGCCAUCACGGAUACGCUUACAACACAGAUUCCCUACAGCUCUGACGGGCUAGCUUCCCUAGGGGUAUGCUAUUGGAUUUUACUGUUAUCCAUCUUGCUGCACGGCCUCAACGUAGGACUUCUGCUUUGGCGUAAACGUAUCGUCAACAAAGAACCGCCGCCAACUACUAUAGAUGUCGAUCGGUCUGAUUUAACCAUUAUUAUGUAUUAAAUAAAUAGUGAUCUACAUUUUUUGAAUAUUA